AUGGAAGUUCGAUUAUCAGAAAUCAGUAAAUUAAAUCAAACAUCUAAAUCAUCAGCCUACAUUGAACUAUUACACACCAUCUUAACCAAAAAAGACCAUCAAACAAUCCAUUCAUUGAAUAUCUUCAUAGGAUCAAUAGUACAAGAUGCAGUAGGAUUAUUAGUCACUAAAACAGUCUUGAAUGAAUUAAUCAAACAUAUCAAAGAAGAAUCUGACCGAGAAUUCAAACGUCAAUUGAUUGAAACGAUCUUAAAUCAAACUGAAUUUUGUAAUAGAGAAAGUAGAUUUGAAGAACAAGUGACUGAUCUGAGAGAAGCUUUAGCUGAUUUAUUAGAAGAAGAAGAAGAUUGGUCUGGUGCUGCUAAAGUUUUACAAGGGAUCCCAUUAACCGGUACAAAUAGGACAGUAUCAGAUGAAUAUCGAUUAAAGAUUUAUAUACGGAUUCUUAGACUUUUACUUGAAGAUGAUGACGCGACAUCAGCUGAAACUUAUCUAUCUAGAGCUAAUUCAUACAUGAAAGAUACAAAAGACGAGCAUACGAUUUUAUCUUUUAAACUUUCACAAGCCAGAAUCUUUGAUGCCAAACGUAAAUUUGAAGAAGCAAGUAAAAAAUAUCAUGAAAUCAGUUUUACACCAAACUUAGCAGAAGAAGAAAGAGAACAAUGUUUAAGUGCAUCAUUGAUUUGUUCAGUUUUAGCACCAGCCGGUCCUUCAAGAUCUUGGUUAUUAACCACUUUGUUUCGUGAUGAAAGAACCUUAAAUUUAAAAGAUCAUAAGAUUUUAUCUAAAAUGUUCUUAGGUCAAAUCAUUAGAGCUGAUGAAUUAGUUGAAUUUGAAAAACGACUUCAACCACAUCAAUUAGCUAGAUUACCUUCGAGUAACUUGAAAAGAAGUCCUGAGACCGUCUUUGACAGAGCAGUCAUGCAACAUAACUUAUUAUCAGCUUCAAAGAUUUAUAAUCAUAUCACUCUGAAAGGUCUUGGAAAUCUUGUGGGUCUUACUGCUGGCGCUGUAGAAUUGAUGGCUAGAACUAUGAUUCAGGAGGGUAGAUUGAAGGCUUCGAUUGAUCAAGUCGAGCGCAUGGUCACUUUUCAGCGCGAACGAAAAGUGGAUGGGGAUGUAGUUGUCAGCAAUGUGGCUGCUGCGGGUGGUGGAAAGGCAGGAGCUGAAGGUGCUGAUGAGAUGUUGGAGAUUGUACCUGCUACUAUCAGAUGGGAUGAGGCAGUGAGUGAUCCUUUGUUUUAUUUGCAUCCAAUCUAG